AUGUCAGGAAAAGGUGGUAAAGCUGCUUCUGUUGCUAAAGCGUCUCAGUCAAGAUCUACCAAAGCUGGUUUAACUUUUCCAGUAGGAAGAGUCCAUAGAUUGCUAAGAAAAGGUAAUUACGCACAAAGAAUUGGUUCAGGUGCACCAGUUUAUCUAACUGCCGUUUUAGAAUAUUUGGCAGCUGAAAUCUUGGAAUUAGCAGGAAAUGCAGCUAGAGAUAAUAAGAAGACCAGAAUCAUCCCUAGACAUCUGCAACUAGCUAUCAGGAAUGAUGAUGAGCUGAACAAGUUACUAGGAAAUGUCACUAUUGCACAAGGUGGUGUGUUGCCUAAUAUUCAUGCCAACUUAUUGCCAAAGAAGUCUGCUAAGGCUACUAAAUCUUCCCAGGAAUUGUAA